AUGGAGACGGGAAUGCUAAUACACGGCCCUGCCCCUCCCCCAACUUCUUUUUGGCCUCCCUUCUCCCGCCUUCCCUCAGGCCCUGCCCAGCCCCCUUCUCCCUCCCACUCAGCUCCCUUCUCCCCUCAGGCCGUGCCCAACUCAGCCCCCUUCUCCCCGCCGCCUGCUUGGCCAGUCAGUCCCCCGGUCAGCUGCUUCCGGUCGAAGCCGUUCCCACCCAGUUACCCGCGUGUUAGCCGCUCCACGCUGAGAGCACCCUGUGGGCGCUGUGCUCACGGUGUCCCGUGGUUGCGCUCGGAGCGGGAAGGCCAGGUGCUGGGAUACAGCGUCAUACAAGCUAAUGCACAGCCUCGCUGGCUCUGCUGCUACAUGGAGAAAGAAGGAAGACAACAAGUUGGGGGCACUUUCAGAGUGGCUGUUGUAGAGGAUAUCAAGUCUGGAUCAUAAUGGCAAUUAAGAUGUCAACAACUCUUUCAGUGCUGAUAACUUUAGCAGAAACAUCUAGAGAAUGUUCCUGUUCCACAACCACAAACUAGCUUCCAUGCCUCCUCAGAUGUGUAAACCAAGCUGCCAAAACAUCCAACUACUAGCAAUGUGCUGCAUUAUCAAUAUAUAACUGUGCAGCACACUGAAGACUGCACAACGUAAAAUAAAGUUUAAUAUAAAGAUGA